AUAAUCUUUAAUGUUAUUAUUGCUCUCACUCAGACUCACUACUUAAAAAUUACAGUACUUAUGUUAGUCUUAGUCCAUAACUUUUCUAUUCAACUCUCUCUCUCUCUCUCUCUUCUCAGGGCUUCAUUUCUCUCUCUACAUCUAAUUCCCCCCUGAAAAAUCCAAUUUUUACAUUAGGGUUUUGAUAUCCCAGCUACAAACCACGCACUGCUUGGCCUGAUCGCCGAUUAGCGAUUGCUGGCGGCCUCUAUUUGUAGGGGUUUCACGCCGAUUCCGAGCCUAGAAAGAAGCAGUGAUAAGCUCAUUGUGCACCGUAAUUAUUGAAGAAAAGUGAUAUGCUGAGAUAUGGCACUUAAAGUUCCUGCUCAUAAAGCUGCUGAGAUUGCAAUUGGGUCCAUCGGUCGUGGUUAUGAUAUAUCUCUUGAUAUAAGGCUUAAGUAUUGUAAAGGAGAUUCCUUAAAUUCGCGUUUAAUUGAGAUAGAUGACAAUGAUGUAAGAGAGGUGGUACUUCCUGGAGGAGUUUCAAUACCAAAUGUUUCCAAAUCAAUAAAAUGUGAUAAAGGGGAACGCACUAGGUUUAGGUCUGAUGUCCUGUCUUUUCAACAGAUGUCAGAGCAAUUCAAUCAGGAACUAUCUUUGACCGGUAAAAUUCCCUCAGGGCUUUUCAAUACAAUGUUUGAAUUUUCUGGGAGUUGGCAGAGAGAUGCAGCCCAUACGAAGUCCCUUGCUUUUGAUGGGGUGUUAAUUACACUUUAUACUGUUGCAUUAGAGAAAUCUCAGAUGGUCCUCUGUGACCAUGUUAAAAAUGCUGUACCAUCAUCAUGGGAUCCACCUGCAUUAGCAAGGUUUAUUGAUACCUUUGGUACCCAUAUAAUUGUUGGUAUGAAAAUGGGAGGAAAAGAUGUAAUAUAUUUGAAGCAGCAGCACUCAUCAACCCUCCAACCUGCUGAUGUUCAGAAAAAGUUGAAAGAGAUGGCAGAUAGGAGGUUUCUAGAUGCCAAUGGCCACUAUAACAUUGCUUCUGAUCAAGUUUUCCCAAAUGACAAGUUUGGAGCCAGGGAGCAGAGGCUAACAUUUGCUAAUAUUAGUCCAUCAAGUUCUUAUUCACAUAAGGAGGAUAUUGUAAGCAUUUGCAAGAGGAGGGGUGGGAGUGAUAACAAAAAUAUAUCCCAUAAUGAGUGGUUGCAAACUGUUCAGUUUGAGCCUGAUGUGAUCUCAAUGUCAUUCAUUCCAAUUACAUCUCUAUUGAAUGGAGUGCCAGGGAGUGGAUUCUUGAGCCAUGCCAUAAACCUUUAUUUACGAUAUAAACCACCAAUUGAAGAGCUCCACCAGUUCUUGGAAUUCCAGCUGCCAAGGCAGUGGGCACCUGUAUUCAGUGAACUUCCUCUUGGUCCACAACGGAAGCAACGGAGUUCUGCAUCUUUACAGUUUAGCUUCAUGGGCCCAAAGCUUUAUGUUAACACCACUCAGGUUGAUGUUGGUAAGAGGCCAGUGACUGGUCUCCGUCUUUAUCUAGAAGGUAAGAAAAGCAACCGGUUAGCCAUCCAUUUGCAACACCUUUCAUCACUUCCAAAAAUCUUCCAGCUUGAAGAUGAGCCAAAUGAAAACUUUCAGCGGAAAUCUUAUGAUAGGAGAUUCUAUGAGAAGGUUCAAUGGAAGAAUUUCUCUCAUGUGUGCACUGCUCCUGUGGAAUCUGAGGAGGAUCUUUCAAUAGUAACUGGAGCACAAUUGCAAGUUGAGAAUUAUGGCAUAAAAAAUAUACUCUUCUUAAGGCUUCGAUUCUCCAGUGUGUUGGGAGCUAAAGCAGUGAAGCAUCCUGAGUGGGAGGGAUCGCCGAAGCUGGGAGCCAAGUCAGGACUCAUAUCCACUUUAAUUAGCCAACACUUCACAGCAACAUUUCAGAAGCCGCCGCCACGUCCAGCAGAUGUCAAUAUAAAUUCUGCUGUCUAUCCGGGUGGCCCUCCAGUUCCUGUCCAAGCUCCCAAGCUUCUCAAGUUUGUUGACACAACUGAGAUGACCAGAGGACCACAAGAGUCUCCUGGCUAUUGGGUUGUCUCUGGAGCAAAGCUUGUUGUUGAUAAGGGCAGAAUUUCUCUCCGAGUUAAGUAUUCUUUGUUGACCAUGGUAUUACCAGAUGAAGAGAUGUUGGAUGAUCAGUAGCUGAUUCCUUCUUUUUUAGGCCUCGCCUUCAGCAAACUGUUCUGCUGCAAGUGUUUAUUUUUAAGGUGGGGAAAUAAGAAAGUAGUGUAUUUACAUCAAGAAUAUUGUUUUCGGUGUCGCUAAUCAGGGAGGCCUUCUUACAUUAUUCACGAAGAGAUAGAGAGAUGGGCAUGUGUAGGUUACUCAAAGAGUGCAGUGGCUUUUCCUUCCUAUCGGAGUUUUACUUUUAAUGUAAUACUUUUACCGUCUAACACCAUGACUUGUUGAAAAUUACUACUACAAAUCAUUUCCACUGGAUUAUGGCGAAUCACUUAUCGUGUUUGCAUAGGAUCACCGUAGAUUUGGCUUUUAACUGAGCCAAAUGAAGUUGUAUGAUAUAUGUAGCCGAUGUCGUUAAGUGGGGGUAAGGUGGUGGUUGUUGUUUGGAGAGUGUUCUGGCCACAACGCCAAGAUAUCGUCACAGGAAUGCUCAAUAGUUUUCGUCUUUCUAUUCUCUUUUAGAUGUGUUUUUGCUUCUACUAUUCAUUUCUUCUUCUUGGAGGCGUCUCCCACUUUUUAACCUGGCAGUAGGGUUUUGUGUUACUGAUCUUUCAGCCUAUCUCCUCAUCAUGAUCUUAACAUUUUUUUUUGUUAUGUCCACGAUUCUUGGAUUUCGCGUUGGAUAUAUUUAUCUUAUCAAGUAGUGGUUUGUAUUCUUUAUCAAACAUAUUAAGUAAGUCAUCAUACAUGGCAUAAAACAUUGAUCGGUUACCCUCUUAUGAACAGUUUGGUUGUCAUUUAAAAAUAUAACAUGAUCGAUCAGUUUGGAACU